AUGGAAAAAGGUCUCGCUGAACCGGAUGUCGUAAUCUGUUUGACCCCGGACGAAAUCGAGGAUCUGCAUCAUCGCUCUGGGUACGGUGAAGAGCGUUAUGAGACGGACGAUUUUCAGCACCGGGUUAUGGAGAACUAUUUACGCCUGGCCGAGGAGGCCAAGAGUAACACAGAAGCUGCCCUGGACUCGGAUCAGCCUGAGUGGCACUUUGUGCAGGCCACAAACAAAUCGGUGGACGAGGUACACAAGUGCAUCAUGUCGAUUGUAACAAAUAAGCUUCGGUCGAUGAAGAUACCGUACAUCACAGAUCAAACAUCGUGA